UGAGGGUCAGCCGUCGUGCAGCGCAGAACGGGACUCUUCCAGCGCUCAAUGGAAAGGCUGCUGAAAGACUGCUCGGGGGUAGUGGUGCUCUUGAAUGGCAUAGAAGAGGGCUAUUCUCUCACGCACGGGCGGAGCGGGGCGGAGCGGUUGGCGGAGCGGUUGGCGCAGCGGUUGGCGCAGCGGUUGGCGCAGCGGUUGGCGCAGCGGUUGGCGCAGCGGUUGGCGCAGUGGCUGGAGCAGCGGUUGGCGCAGCGGCUGGAGCAGCGGUUGGCGCAAACUAAAAUUUAA